GGCGCUCGGCCAGCAUGGGCUCCGGCUCCUCCAGCUACCGGCCCAAGGCCAUCUACCUGGACAUCGAUGGACGCAUCCAAAAGGUGGUUUUCAGCAGGUACUGCAACUCCAGCGACAUCAUGGACCUGUUCUGCAUCGCCACCGGCCUGCCCCGGAACACCACCAUCUCCCUCCUGACCACGGACGACGCCAUGGUCUCCAUUGACCCCACCAUGCCUGCCAACUCUGAGCGCACCCCGUACAAGGUGAGGCCCGUGACCAUCAAGCAAGCUUCCGAGAGAGAAGAGCUCGUACAGACCCUGCUGGCCCAGGUGGCGGAGCAGUUCUCCAGAGCAUUCAAGAUCAACGAGCUGAAGGCCGAGGUCGCGGACCACCUGGCAGCCCUAGAGAAGCGUGUGGAAUUGGAAGGACUCAAAGUGGUGGAGAUUGAGAAAUGCAAGAGUGACAUUAAGAAGAUGCGUGAGGAGCUGGCGGCCAGGAGCAACAGGACCAGCUGUCCCUGCAAGUACAGCUUUUUGGAUAACAACAAGAAGCUGACCCCUCGCCGUGAUGUCCCCACGUAUCCCAAGUACCUGCUGUCCCCGGAGACUGUGGACGCCCUGCGUAGGCCCACCUUCGACGUCUGGCUCUGGGAGCCCAGCGAGAUGCUGAGCUGCCUGGAGCACAUGUUCCAUGACCUGGGCCUCGUCAGGGACUUCAGCAUCAACCCCAUCACGCUGCGCAGGUGGCUGCUCUGUGUGCAUGACAACUACAGGAACAACCCCUUCCACAACUUCCGGCACUGCUUCUGCGUGGCACAGAUGAUGUACAGCAUGGUCUGGCUCUGCCGGCUCCAGGAGAAGUUCCCGCCGCUGGAUAUCCUGACCCUGCUGACAGCGGCCAUCUGCCACGACCUGGACCACCCGGGCUACAACAACACGUACCAGAUCAACGCCCGCACGGAGCUGGCCGUCCGCUACAACGACAUCUCGCCACUCGAGAACCACCACUGCGCCGUGGCCUUCCGGAUCCUCGCUCGGCCCGAGUGCAACAUCUUCUGCAACCUGCCGCCCGACGGCUACAAGCAGCUCAGACAGGGCAUGAUCACCUUGAUCUUGGCCACGGACAUGGCGCGGCACGCCGAGAUUGUGGAUGCCUUCAGAGAGAAGCUGGAGGACUUCGACUACAGGAACGAGGAGCACACGACGCUGCUGAAGAUGAUCCUGAUAAAGUGCUGUGACGUCUCGAACGAGGUGCGACCCAUGGAAGCCGCCGAGCCGUGGGUGGACUGCCUGUUGGAGGAGUACUUCAUGCAGAGCGACCGCGAGAAGUCGGAGGGGCUCCCUGUAGCCCCGUUCAUGGACCGAGAGAAAGUGACCAAAGCCACAGCCCAGAUUGGGUUCAUCAAGUUUGUCCUGAUCCCCAUGUUCGAAAUGGUGACCAAGCUCUUCCCCGUGGUGGAGGAGCUCAUGCUGCAGCCGCUGCGGGAGUCCAGGGAUCGCUACGAGGAGCUGAAGCGGAGAGACGACGCCACGGGCGAGGGACCGGAGAGGACGGAGAGUUUGACAUCUGGGAGCACAGAACGAUCCACACAGAAGAGCAGGGAGGUGCACAAAAGCGAAGACCGAGCCUGAGGACAGCGGGAUCCGGAGGCCCAGGAGCUCGGGGAGCCCCCGGGCCGGGCGGGGGGCGGAGCUCUGGGUG